AUGGCGUCCGCUCUUGAGAAUUACUACGCUACGAACUAUUCAAAUUGCAAUCUCGAAUAUAACUUCUUAGCAUCAUGGAAAGGAGUUGCAUAUCCUUUACAUGUUAUACACUCAAUAUCACUUCCAUUUCAAAUUCUUGCAUUUUAUGUUAUCAUAUUCAAAACUCCAGUUACUAUGAAGAAUGUCAGAACCCCGUUAUUGAUUAACAGCUUGUUUUGCGUCUUACUUGACCUCAGUUGAUUUUUAAUCUGGAAAGUUCUACCUCCAUAACUAUUCACUCCCAAAGUUUACAACAGCUCAAACGUUACGCCACCGUUUGCAUUUUAUUCUAUGCAAUUUUAUUCUGUUCAGACUUGCAAAUGUAUAACAUUAUUUUUACCGAGCCACACUGGUUGAUAAACAGUUAUCAUGCAAUCGGUGCUGUUUCGCUAUGUCUCAAUUUGUUUGCUAUUUAUUUGUUAAUUUUUGAAUUAAAGGAGCUCGGCACCUUUCGAUACUACUUGUUACUUUUUCAGGUAAGAAACUA